UCCUAUAUAAACUAACGCCAAGCGGCGUUGAUCAUGAUCACCUAAUUUAAAAUUUGUCAAUUUCUGAAACAGUUAAACUUAUGAGAAGCACCAUCUUCAGCAUGCCCUCUCUUACGCCGCCGUUAACCUCCACAGACGCUUCCAUUAUUGGCACUAAACCUUAUCAGAACAACUCUUAUCCUCAGAAUCAGCUUAGCAACCACCGUCCGUGGGCUCUGCAGCGUUUCUCUCCUUCUUCGCGCUGGAGACUUUCGCUUCUCAGUUCAGUUUCUGAUCAAACAUUCAUGGGGGAAAAGCUCAGUGAUGAUAGCAUACUCUCUGUCAAUCCUAAACCCUCCAAGUGUUUUUCCUCUAAGCUUAUCGAUCUUCUUGAGGCACUCGUUGUCAAGCUCAUGCACGAUGCUUCUCUCCCUCUGCACUACCUCUCAGGCAACUUUGCUCCCCUCCGAGACGAAACACCUCCGGUCAAGGACCUCCACGUCCAUGGCUUUCUUCCCGAAUGCUUGAAUGGUAUAUUUCUUAGAGUUGGUCCAAAUCCCAAGUUUGAUCCUCUCGCUGGAUAUCACUGGUUUGAUGGAGAUGGAAUGAUACAUGGGGUACGCAUCAAAGAUGGGAAAGCAACUUACGUUUCUCGAUUCGUUAAGACAUCACGUCUCCAGCAGGAAGAGUUUUUCGGAGAUGCCAAAUUGAUGAAGAUUGGGGACCUUAAGGGGUUUUUCGGAUUGGUUAUGGUCAUUAUGCAACAACUGAGAAUUAAAUUGAAAGUAUUGGACGACUCUUACGGAAAUGGAACUGCUAAUACAUCGCUCAUAUAUCACCAUGGAAAGCUUCUAGCAUUGCAGGAGACGGAUAAGCCGUACGUUAUCAAGGUUUUGGAAGAUGGAGACCUUCAAACUCUUGGCAUGACAGAUUAUGACAAGAGAUUGACCCACUCCUUCACUGCCCACCCCAAAGUUGACCCUGUUACGGGUGAAAUGUUUACAUUUGGGUGUUCGCCUAUGCCACCUUACCUCACAUACAGAGUGAUCUCGAAAGAUGGCAUUAUGCAUGACCCAGUCCCAAUUACUAUCUCAAAGCCAGUCAUGAUGCAUGAUUUUGCUAUUACCGAGACUUACGCAAUCUUCAUGGAUCUUCCUAUGCACUUUAGGCCAGAGGAAAUGGUUAAAGAGAAGAAAAUGAUAUAUUCAUUUGAUCCCACAAAAAAUGCUCGUUUUGGUGUUCUUCCACGCUAUGCCAAGGAUGACCUCAUGAUUAGAUGGUUUGAGCUUCCUAACUGCUUUAUAUUCCACAACGCCAAUGCUUGGGAAGAAGAGGAUGAAGUCGUCCUCAUCACUUGUCGACUUGAAAAUCCAAAUCUUGACAUGGUCAGCGGGAACGUGGAAGAAAUACUUGAAAGUUUUAGCAACGAACUGUACGAAAUGAGAUUCAACAUGAAAACGGGCUCAGCUUCUCAGAAGAAACUAUCCGCAUCUUCAAAUUAUUUCCCAAGAAUCAACGAGUGCUACACUGGAAAGAAAAAUAGAUAUGUAUAUGGUUAUGGAACAUUUCUGGACGGCAUUUCAAAGGUUACAGGAAUUAUCAAGCUUGAUCUGCAUGCGGAAGCUGAGACAGGCAACAGGAUACUGCAGGUAGGAGGAAAUAUCAAAGGAAUAUAUAAGCUGGGACAAGGAAUAUAUUGUUCGGACGCUAUAUAUGUCCCGCGCGAGUCAGCGGAGGAAGACGACGGUUACUUGAUAUUCUUUGUUCAUGACGAAAACACAGGAAAAUCAUGUGUGAAUGUGAUAGACGCAAGAACAAUGUCAGCUGAGCCAGUCGCAAUAGUGGAACUGCCACAUAGGGUCCCAUAUGGCUUUCACGCCCUGUUUGUUACAGAGAGACAACUCCAGGAACAAACUCUAAUAUAAGCAAAACUGGUGCAUAUAUUCCAGAGAUGACGAAGCUAUAAAGCUCACCUACCAUUUCUUCUGAACAGUAGUGUUUGUCAUUUUAUUGAUUAAGUUAUUCCAAGUUACGCAAUUAGGCAAGUUAUGUAACGUUUGGUAGAAUUUUGGAUAGUGCUUUGACAAUUUACUUCAUAACCAACCUCAGCUCCUAGACGAAAACCAUGUCCCUAGACUUUCCUUGUAUCUGUAAUCACCUGCUGUAAGAAUGUAAAUAUGUAAUGUGUCUUAUUAUCUCUGGUGA